UUGUUUGGAGAAAAAUUGAGUGCAUUUUCCAGAUGAGUGGAGGUUUUCCCAAGAUCUUGUACCGAAUUGCGGUACCGAGCGAGUGUGAUCGUAUUCGGGAGGCAUUGCUGUCGUUUUAUUUCCCCGAAGAUCUUCUGACACGCUCCUACGUGGAAGAGAACCAAACCAACAUUGGACCAUCGGAAGAACAUCUUCAGUAUGUGCUGUCCUUCGUGUAUCAGGGUAUGGUAGCGUUAGCGAUCGAAGAAGAUCAUGGAACGAUCGUUGGUGUAACGAUUGCACGUUGUGUAAAACCAAACACGGCGGAGGAGUUGCUUGCGCUCGUCCCAUCGGCCGGAGUUCGUAGAUGGGCGGAAAUGGUACGACUCUAUGCACAUCUCGAGCAAACGGGAGAUGUUUGCGGACGGUUCCGAUCACGCCGUUCGUACCAUGUGUUCGUUUUGGCGGUGGAACCACACUUUCGGCGUCGUGCUAUCGGCCAAAAGCUGAUGGAGUUUCAAUUGGCGCGUGGUAAAUCGUUACGCUUUCGGGUGGUGAGUGCCGAUUUUACGUGCGAAACUUCGGCACGGAUUGGUGAGCGGAUGGAUAUGCGGUGCGUUAGUGCAAUCUCGCUGAACCAGUACAGGAGUCAGGCUGGGGAGCACACGUUUGUGGCAUCGGGUGUUAAUCACAUCAUAAGCACUUAUGCGCGUUAUGUUUAAGAUGUCUAAAGAGGUCUAUCCAUGUGAAAAAUGUGAGUUAAGGAAAAUUUAUUAUUAUAAAAUAAAAAUAAAAUAAAAGGGCUAAUUUCACUCCCAUGUAUAUCACGCGAAACGCA